AUGGCGACUCCGGCGCGUAUCAUUCCUUCCUUGCGGCGAGCAGUGCUCUCGUCGAGGUCUUGCUCAAAAUUUCAAUAUAUAAAAGCUGCAACUCAAAUUCGUUGCAACGGGAGUACAGCUGCGCCAACAAGUGCGACUUCGGAGCCUCAUCAGCCCGAUGGAAAGGGAACGGUGACGGGUGCGGCUGCGUCUUCAAAAUCUAUCAAAUUUACAUCAGAGUCAUACCCGCAAUUACAAAGAGAUUCAAAGUACACAAAAUUAAGUCAAGAGCAUGUGAAAUAUUUUCAGGAUCUUCUUGGCUCGGAAUCUGCAGUUAUAGAUGGCAUCACUCAAGAUGCAUCAGAAGACAUUGAGCCAUUCAACAGCGAUUGGAUGCGCAAGUUUCGUGGUCAUACCAAGGUAGUCUUGAAGCCAAAGUCUACAGAAGAAGUUAGCAAAAUCCUCAAGUACUGCAAUGACAAUAUGCUUGCGGUUGUUCCACAAGGUGGUAACACUGGACUCGUGGGUGGCUCCGUUCCUGUGUUUGAUGAAAUAGUCAUCAACAUGCAGCGAAUGAACGAGAUUAGAUCGUUCGACGAAGUCUCUGGUAUCCUGGUUGCUGAUGCCGGUGUCAUUCUUGAGAAUGCCGAUAACUUCCUGGCAGAAAAAGGCCACAUCUUCCCCUUGGACCUUGGCGCAAAAGGCUCAUGCUACAUCGGUGGUAAUGUCGCAACAAACGCGGGAGGGCUUCGGUUGUUGCGGUACGGUAGCUUCCACGGAAAUGUCUUGGGUCUUGAAGCCGUUCUUCCAGACGGCACCAUCGUUGACGAUCUUUCCACGUUGCGAAAGAAUAACACUGGAUAUGACAUGAAGCAUCUUUUCAUUGGCGGAGAAGGAACGAUUGGUAUUAUCACCAAAAUUGCCAUUAUCUGCCCAAGACGAUCACCAGCAGUCAAUGUGGGGUACUUUGGACUUGAAAGCUACGAAAAGGUCCAACAAGCCUUCAUUGAGGCUAAGGGGCACUUGUCAGAGAUUUUGUCGGCCUUCGAACUGAUGGACGGUAGAACACAAAAGCUAGUAAAUAGGGUCAAAGGAAAGAAGAUGCCACUAGAAGGCGAUCACCCUUUCUACUGCCUUAUCGAAACCAGCGGCUCUAAUACAGACCAUGACGGCGAGAAACUCCAAGCUUUUCUUGAACACGUCAUGGAGUCCGAAAUUGUCUCUGAUGGCGUUCUCGCUCAGGAUCAAACCCAAAUCGCUGAACUCUGGUCAUGGCGUGAAGGCAUCACCGAGUGUCUGGGCCACGAUGGCGGUGUCUACAAAUACGACCUUUCCAUCCCCAUCGCUGAGCUAUAUGAUUUGGUCAACGACACGAGGGAUCGCCUGACCGAAGCUGGUCUCGUUGGCACAGACACCUCGCACCCGGUUGUUGAUGUUGUUGGCUACGGCCACAUGGGCGAUGCUAACCUACACUUAAACAUCCCGGUCAGACGAUUUGAUAAGACGGUCGAGAAAGUGCUAGAGCCGUGGGUAUACGAGUGGGUACAGAAGCGCAAUGGAAGUAUCAGUGCCGAGCAUGGCUUGGGGGUGACGAAGAAGCCCUACAUUGGAUAUAGCAAGAGCGAGACCAUGAUUGGACUGAUGAAGCAGAUUAAGAAUCUCUAUGACCCGAACGGCAUUAUGAAUCCGUACAAGUACAUAUAG